AUGGAGGCAAAAGAAGCUGCUCUCUCGGCAAGUGAGAAAUACACGCUUAUCACGCGUAAUUUACAAGAGGUAUUAGGCGAAGAGGCGCUGAAGACCGUAUUGUCUGAACGUAAUUUACGCGUAUAUUGGGGAACCGCCACUACCGGCAAGCCUCAUGUUGGAUAUUUCGUGCCUGUCUCUAAGAUAUCAGACUUUCUACGGGCAGGAUGUGAGGUGACGAUUCUUUUCGCCGAUCUGCACGCAUACCUUGAUAAUAUGAAGGCGCCAUGGGAAUUGCUGCAACUCAGAUCAAAGUAUUAUGAAACGGUUGUUAAGAUGAUGCUCGAAACGAUCGGUGUUCCUUUGGAAAAGCUUCGCUUUGUGCAAGGAACGGAUUUCCAGUUGGAUAAGCAGUAUAUCCUGGACGUCUAUAAAAUGAGCAGCUUGGUGACACAGCAUGAUGCCCGCAAAGCUGGAGCUGAAGUUGUUAAACAAGUGGAGUUUCCGUUGCUUAGCGGUUUGUUGUAUCCGUGUCUUCAAGCAUUGGACGAAGAGUAUUUAAGUGUAGACGCGCAGUUCGGCGGCGUAGAUCAGAGAAAGAUAUUCACAUUUGCUGAGAAGUACCUGCCUUUCGUAGGUUACAACAAACGGAUUCAUCUGAUGAACCCAAUGGUGCCUGGAUUGACGGGCGAUAAAAUGAGUGCGUCUGUCGAAGAGUCGAAGAUCGAUUUGCUUGACCCGCCUUCGGUUGUGAAGAAGAAACUAAAGAAAGCUUUUUGCGAACCGGGCAACGUGAUUAACAACGGCGUGCUGUCGUUUUGUCAGCAUGUGGUUUUUCCGUUGCUCUCUGGAAGCGCCUUCGAGGUGAAACGUGAGGAAAAGAACGGCGGUGAAGUAGAGUUCAAAACGUUCGACGAAUUGAGGGAUUCAUACGCAAAGCAG